AUGAAGAUAGAUUUUCUCUUGAUAAUAUAUUUACAAUUGAUUCUUCAUGAUACAAAUGAAUUACUUAAUGGUAAUAUUCUACAAUUUGAUUGUCUAUUUUAUCCUGUAACUAAGGAAAAAUUAGCUUAUCAAGAAUUAUCAAAUGUAAUCGACGAAUUAAUUCCAUAUUGUUUUCGACCAAUAAAUAUUAAUGAAAGUUUAUUUCGAAAUCUUGUUCAUAGACAAGAUCAAUAUGUUACAUUUAAAGAAUUACGUAUUUCAAAUAUUAGUAUAGAAGAAUUAAUAUCAUGGUCAACUCUAAUUGAUUUGAUUGAAAAAUAUCAAUUAUAUUAA